GCAAGACGAGCAGAGCAGCCUCGUGAGACAUGCGGACGACCCAGCUGAGGAUGGCCAAAGCGCCAGCACCCAAGCCACAACCUCGAUUCGCCAUGCCCGUCAAGGCACAAGCCUUCAAUAUCAUGAGCAUCACGCCCUCUGUCAUGAUGCGAUGGGCGCCCACACUCGCCGUCUGGGGUGUCGCUGCUGCAGGUGGCAUUCUCGUCUAUGCGAGCUCUAUCCCGAAGUUCCAGCAGGAUGUCCUCCUCAAGGUUCCGCUGGUCAAGGAGUACUACAAGGACACCAAGCCUGAUGAGGACAAGCCGUUCUGAGCGCGUCUGUUCAUUGCAAUGCCCGGUCAAGUAUGUGAAGCUGCAGAGCGGGGCAGAGACAGCAUGCGAUGCAGGUGGUACAGAUACUUGCUAGACAGUAUACAUCUAAGCGUCGCUUCUCGUGCGACGAUGAAGAGACUUUCGUUCGUUGAGUAAUCAGCCAUAAAGCUUGAUGAGGCUGUCUGCCCCUGCUGUCGCCAACAGAGGCGCAGAAGGAUGAUAGCGUGCCACGAGAAUGCCCUCUGCUCCCUUGACGCGAUGGCUCGUGAUCUCCUGUACGCAAGAUCGCGUCUGGAUCACGUCCCAGAAUCGAAUCGAGCGGUCAUGGCUGGCAGAGACGAGAAACAGGCCCGACGGACUGACAUCCAGGCUCGUGAUCGCGUCUUGAUGCGCUUCGAU